GCCGCAAGACCCAUGGCUAUAGGUACGACUAGUGGUGGUACUCUUGAUAUGGUGGUGGAGAUGAGCAGUACGGCCGCGAACAGAAUGAUGAGUCCGAGUAGGAAUCCGAAUACUAGAAGAGAGAGGAGAGCCACUUUACGAAGCGGACGAUGUGGCGGUGGCGGAUGGAGGGCGAUAUCUGUCUGUUCUGCUGGUGUUAUCACAGCGUUGGACGAUGUUGUGACGAACUCCAGUCGUGUCUAUGCUCCAUAUGAUGGCCUCGGGGAGAUGGAUGACGACAAGGACGUAAGUACCUGCAGGUCGACCCGUAAGAAUACCGGUGUGCAGGUACCUGUACCAGAGUCCCCAUACCGGUCUUCACAGCCUGCCUGUCACGGAUCCAGGUAUGAUAUACCUGCGGGUACUAGGGGUGCGGCGCGGUCGCUUAUUUGGACAUUGGUCAGGGAUGGAUUGAUUCGUUCCACUGUCUAUUGUAAAUGCCAUCAGCUUGAUCUGGUCUUUAAAGAGGAGGACGGAUGGAUGGGCUGGAAUGGUCAUUACAUCAUCUGUAAUUGUGACGGACCAGUUUCCUCGACCAGACUUGGUGACUUGUCUUCGCUGGGGUCCCCCAUCAACUCGAGUGACCCAUCGGCAAGCUACCAGCCCGUGGAUUGUUCGACCAACUUUGAGACCGCCACGAACACACAGACCACUUGCAAGUUCAGAGACGUCAUGAAUCUCUAUUCCUAUUUUUCCGAGGGAGCUUACGCUACGAAAUGUCUCGAAUUAUUCUACCCCAAUUCUAACCCUCUAAAUCCUUACUACUAUGAUGGCACUCCGUUAACUUGCGACGGCUCUAUUCACGUUUCGCUUACAAAUGUUACAUAUGUUUGCGAAGCUG